AUGCGUAUCACGCCCAGUCCGCCAUUCUGGACCCAGGAUGCGAAGUUCAAGCACCUGCGGGUUGCAGCCGAGGCUCUCGCUGCAGAGAACUCGGCUGGCCAGGAUGUUGCUAUCUCGUACCGUGCUGCGCUCAAGGCUGCCAAGUCCCCGGAAGAAGCCCAAGAGGUGGUCUGCAAUGGAUUGCUCAACAAGCUACCUUCGGUUCUCAUGCUUGAGAAAGAAGACAUGGGCGUCAUUCGCUCAUUGUCGAACUACGCUCUUGACUCGCUGGUUGCCAUCGAAGUCCGCAACUAUAUCACCCGAGAGUUCGAGGCCAAUCUUCAAGUCCUGGAGCUUCUAUCUAGCGGCUCAAUUGAAACCUUGGCGAAGGCAAUUUGCGUGAAGAGCAAGCUCAUGUCUUUCUAGGUGGUGUAGACUUCAGU